GCCCUAAUCUUUAUGUAAUCAGCGUCGUCAGAAACCCUUCUCUUCUUGCUCUUUCUUUCUUUCUUCUUCUUCGUUAACUGUCUUUUCUUUUUCCCAAUACUUUCCAACAUUCCAUACCCCCAUCUCCACAAAUAAACAAUAACAUACAAUGAGAUUGAUUGUCCGUGAAGAUUACAGCGAAGUCUCGACUUAUAUCGCAAAGUACAUCAAGGAGCGUAUUCGACAGUUCAAGCCCUCUGCCGAGCGUCCCUUUGUCCUCGGUCUUCCUACCGGCUCCUCUCCCAUUGGCACCUACAAGGCCCUCGUUGAGCUGCACAAGGCCGGCGACCUCUCGUUUGAGCAUGUGGUUACGUUCAACAUGGACGAAUACGUCGGUCUGGCUCGUGACCACCCUGAAUCGUAUCACUCGUUCAUGUGGAAGAAUCUCUUUAUGCAUGUGGAUAUCAAGCCCGAGAACGUCCACAUUCUGGAUGGCAAUGCUGAGGAUCUGGACGAGGAGUGCAAUCGCUUUGAAGCCGAGAUUGCCCGUGUGGGUGGCAUCGAACUGUUCCUAGGCGGUAUCGGCCCUGAUGGUCACAUUGCCUUCAACGAACCCGGUUCCAGCUUAACCAGCCGCACUCGUGUCAAGACUCUUGCGUAUGAAACCAUUAUUGCAAAUGCUCGGUUCUUUGACGGUGAUGUCAGCAAGGUGCCUAAACUGGCCUUGACGGUCGGAGUAGCUACUGUCAUGGAUGCUCGGGAAGUCUGUAUCAUCAUUACUGGUGCACACAAGUCAAUCGCACUUGCCAAAUGCAUCGAAGACGGUGUGAACCAUAUGUGGACCGUUUCGGCAGUACAGAUGCACCCCAAGGGUCUAAUUGUCUGUGACGAGGACGCGACCCUGGAGUUGCACGUAAAGACCGUCAAGUACUUCAAGUCUAUCGAGCAUGUGCAUCAUUCACUUAUUGGUGCUGAAAACUUGUCGCUUCAGGGCGGCGUCAAGCAGCUCCGAAGUCCCACAUCGCCCAGCCAUCCCAAGAUGCCCUUCGAGUAAAAGAGUACAUACAACAAAAGGGAGAGUUAUUUUACAUAAUCCAAGCAACAUCAUCAACCGCCCUUCACACAACACCCACACACUCAUUCAGACAUAGCCAAAUUACUCUCUUUUAUCUUCCCCCCCUCUUUGUGCAUUUCCCCCCUCAUAUCAUGCUUUUAUCACACAAUAAAGAAUCUUCUAUAAUUACUAA